AUGGAGGGUGGUAAUUUCUUAAGUUGGAGGAAGAAUUCUUUGCAUUGGCAGGGGAAUGUGGACGACCAUGAAGAGCUCAAACUGAAAGUAGCAUCGGCCUUAGCGUCAAUUCCUCAACCAGAAACACCAAAGGAGCCAAUGGAUUUCUUGUCAAGAUCUUGCAGUUUUUCUGCUACUGAAAUUUCCAAAGCGCUGGCUCAGAAACGCAAACAGUGCAUACUUGACAAGAAUUCUCAUCCAAGCCCUAAGGCAUUUGUCCCACCACAAUUUGUUUCAGGAAAGGUCAUGAACCUAGUUCAUGCUCGUAGAACAGGGUCGUUUGGAAGAUGGUUCCACCACAAGGAGCAUAGUGACAGCACAGUGAAGAAGAAAGAUAAGGCGCGCAUGGAAAUCGCGCACACUCAUGCUGCCCUCUCUUUUGCUGGACUAGCAGCAGCAUUGGCUGCAGUGGCUGCAGCCGAAAACUGCAAAGGUUCAGAAUCAAAAAAGAGCACAGCUUUGGCAUCAGCUACAGAGCUCUUGGCAUCAUAUUGCGUUGAGAUGGCUGAAUCAGCUGGAGCCGAUCACGACCGUAUUGCCUCUGUUGUCAGAUCAGCAGUGGACAUUCGCAGUGCAAGUGAUCUAGUAACUCUGACAGCUGCAGCUGCAACAGCUUUGCGAGGGGAAGCAGCUCUGAAAGCAAGAUUGCCAAAAGAAGCAAAGAGGACUGCAGCCAUAAGUCCAUAUGACAAGGGUAUAUCAGAAGCACAUACUGUUGCUGCUUUUAAUCAUGAAAAGGAAGACUAUGAUCUUCCCUGUAUGGGUGACUUACUGCAACACACCCAAAAAGGAGUCCUAAAAUGGAAGCAUGUAUCAGUCUACAUCAACAAGAAAUCUCAGGUCAUAAUCAAGCUCAAAAGCAAACAUGUAGGAGGAGCCUUCUCAAAGAAGAAUAAAAGUGUUGUUUAUGGUGUCUGUGAUGAGGGUGCUGCAUGGCCAUUCAGAAAAGAAAGGGAAAACGUGGAAGUCUAUUUUGGAGUAAAAACUGCACAUGGUCUUUUAGAGUUCAAGUGCAAGAACAAGAUCCAUAAACAGAAAUGGGUUGAAGGGAUUCAAAAUCUUCUGCGUCGAAUCAGUUGCAUUGAAGAAGCCGAACGCUCUCUGAGAUUACUAAAUAUCACCAAGAGCUUUUGACAAGUUUGAGCUUCUGACAAUGUGGCCUUGAGGGUUUCACAGUUUCACAAUCCUCUUACGAUGUGGCAUGCAAAUUGGAUGUAAAGUUGUAAACCUUGGUAAAAGCUGAAGACCCAAGACAUUUCUCAUAGAGAAGUCCCCCAACCACAAAUUUUGUAAUAGUAGAUCAAUCCUUUGUUUCUAAUGAAUU